GCGCAGGCGCAGAACCUGUUUUUUUUUUCUUUUUAAAACAAUUCACAACUGACAGCACGCGGAAAUCUGCGAAGCUUGCACAUUUUUUUUUUAAAGAACCAGAAAAUGGCCAAAUCCGUUAAAGACCACAUUCUGGAAACGCUGGAAGACCUGGAGGAGAAGGACCUGAAGAAAUUUAAAAACAAGCUGUGUGACCGUGAAGGGGAGCCGAAGGUUCCCCGAGGUCGCGUCCAGAAGGCAGACGCUAUCGACCUGGUGAACUUGCUGGUCAGCUACUUCACGGAGCGCGGGGCUGCAGAAGUGGCGAUCGAGGUGUUGCGCGCAAUUAACCUCAACCAAGAAGCGGACGAACUGAAAGCAAAAUUUUACCACAUCAUAGCCGCCCUGGAAGACAUCGGGAAUUUCAAACUGAAGAGAUUUAAGGCUAAACUGUGCGACGGCCAGGACCGCAGAAUACGCCGCGGAACGAUUGAAAACGCCGACCAGGUUGAUCUGGCUGAGAAACUGAUCAGCACGUACACGGAGAAGAUGGCGGUGAAAAUCACGAUCGAUCUCCUGCGCGCCAUUGACGAGAACCAGGCGGCCGCAGAUCUGCAGGACAGCACGAAGGAAUAUCUGAACCCCAGGAAGGCGGAGAGGGAAGUCCAUUUUGUGGACAGACACCGGUCCGCCCUCAUCCAGCGGGUCACCAUGGUGGCGCCGAUCCUGGACGCCCUCCUGACCAAGAAAUACGUCAGUCAGGAAGAGUACAGCUUAAUCCUGGAAGAACGCACCCCCGCCAGCCGCAUGAGGGCGCUCCUCACCGGCCCCAUGGUGACCUGCGGUAAAAGGGGGAAAGAUGAGCUCUGUAGGAUUUUGGAGCAGGAGCAGCCCAUUCUAAUGGAGGACCUGAUGGGACAGUAAUGCCGAAUCGUCGGCCUGGAUCACCCGCGGACUCGGGGCCACUGUUAUCGUCUCGUUCGAUUGUUCCGGUCUGAAAGUAUAAAUCAGAAACCUGAUGAAUGAUUGAACUGCUGAAACAGAAUGGGCGUUGGCACAUACAGUAGCUGCCAGGGCAUUAUGAAAGAAGUUCAAAACCCAAGGGAAAUGAUCUGUAGUCUUCUACACAGACGGUAAUGACCCUGCUCAGACUAAUGUGUGUGUGUACGCGUACUUCGGCUUUUUAUUAAAAAAAAAAAUAAUAAUAAUGAUAUUGUCAAUGUCUUUAUCGGUCUUCACGAGCUGGUGAAUCCCAUCCUGAAGGACACCAGUGUGUGAUACGUCCAGAUCAAAACAAAACAAAACAAAACAAAACACUGCUUUCUCAGUGGGUUAGUUUAAACAGGGCUUAAAACCCUGAAUCGAAUGAGAGUUCCCUUUGCUUUCAGUUUCAUCACAUACAGUAUAUUUGUUUCCUAAACUUGAGAACAUGCUCAGAAUUUGAGAUUUGUAAGAAACGCUAGGCCUCAUGCAUCCAUUAAUAAAGACGGGGGUAUUCCGCUGUAAAAGUGACUGCACAUCUGUUACACACUGCUGGGUGAAUCUGUCUACCAACACCGAAUCACGACAGUAGUUACUUACAGGCGGUUUCACUGUUAUUUCGUUCAUGGACAAACUCUUAAAACCGUUAAACAUGCGUGAUCCUUCCUAAAAAAAAUUAGGUGCACGUCGCUUUCAAUUGGUUGUGAUUUCAUGAACUGUCUUCAGCAGAAGAGCAGGAUUAAAAAAAGGUUUUCCUAUAAAAGUGUGGUAAAAUGUAACUAAAUGUAGCCAGACUGUAGCGCCCGAGAAACCAACAACUUUUGAAUAAAACUGCGGUGUUUUCCGUUUA